AUGGAUCGCAACGCCAUCAUUGAGGCUUCCAAGAAGCACGAUAUUGUUCCCGGCACCUACAAGUAUGGAACUGCUGGUUUCCGUAUGGCUGCUGACCUCCUCGAGGGCGUCACCUUCCGAGUCGGUCUGCUGUCCGCCCUUCGAUCACGAAAGCUCAACGGCCAGGCCAUUGGUGUCAUGGUAACUGCAAGUCACAACCCGGCCAAGGACAACGGUGUCAAGAUUGUGGACCCCAUGGGUGACAUGCUGGAGCAAGAGUGGGAAACAUAUGCCACGGAUCUGGUCAACUGCAAGACUCACGACGAGUUGGCUGAUACUUAUGCCAAGCUUGCUCAGCAGUUCAAGCUCGACCUCGCCGCUCCUGGCAAGGUCAUUGCUGGAAGGGAUACUCGUCCUUCCGGUAUCACUCUUGUCCAGGCCUUGGCCGAUGCCUGCGCUGCCACCAACACGGCUUAUGUCGACUACAAGGUUCUGACCACACCACAGCUGCACUACCUGACCCGCUGCGUCAACACCGAGGGUUUACCCACCUCGUACGGCGAGGUUAGCGAAGUUGGAUACUACAAGAAGCUCAACAGCGCAUUCGAGCGUGCCAUGAAGAACAAGCGUAUCUCUGGCUCCGUGACAGUGGACUGUGCCAAUGGUGUGGGUGGCCCGAAGCUCAACGAGCUCCUCAAGUACAUUGACUCGUCGAAAACCGGCUUCGACUGCAAGGUUGUCAAUGACGAUGUGUUGAAGCCCGAGAUUCUGAACCUCGACUGUGGCGCCGACUUCGUCAAGACCCGCCAAAGAGCCCCUCCCAAGCCUCAGGCCCAGCCCGGCGAUCGCUGGUGCUCGCUGGACGGUGACGCUGACCGCUUGAUCUACUACUGGGUCGACCCUGACACGAGCAGUUUCUUCAUGUUUGAUGGCGAUCGAAUCGCUACGCUGGCUGCCUCCUUCAUUGCUGACCUGGCGCGAACUGCUGGUGUUGAGGAGGAGUUGCGCAUUGGCAUCGUCCAGACGGCCUAUGCCAAUGGUGCAAGCACCAAGUACGUCGAGCAGCACCUUCAGCUGCCUGUCGUCUGCACUCCUACCGGCGUUAAGCACCUGCACCACGCUGCUUGCGCCUUCGAUAUUGGAGUAUACUUUGAGGCCAACGGCCACGGCACUGUCGUCUUUUCGUCCGACGCCAUGCAAACCUUUGCCAAGAAGCAGCCUCAGUCCCCUGCGCAGAAGGACGCCCUCGAGACGCUGCAGGCCCUCGGUGAGCUCAUCAACCAGACCGUUGGUGAUGCCAUUUCCGAUAUGCUCAUGGUUGAGGUCAUUUUGGCUCACAAGGGCUGGGGUCUCAAGGACUGGGCUAUGACCUACACUGACCUCCCCAACCGCUUGGUGAGAGUCGAAGUCGGCGACAAGGACCUCUUCCAGACCACCGAUGCUGAGCGAAAGCUGAGCCAGCCCGCCGGGGCCCAGGACGAGAUUGACCAGUGCGUCAAGAAGUACACGAAUGCGAGAUCAUUUGCACGCGCCUCGGGUACCGAGAACGCCUGCAGGGUGUAUGCCGAGGCCGCAACCAGGUCCGAGGCGGACGAUCUCGCCAACAAGGUAGCAGUCAUCGUGAAGCACUACGGCGGUGGAAUCUAG